GAACUAACUAAAUCAUGUAUUCUAAUUUUAUUUCAAAGGAUAUCAGAUGCUCAGUUUAUUAUGUACUAAACAACUACAUAGAAUGUUGCCAGGAUUUUCCGUAUGCGGCACUGUGGUUCAUAAUCAAGGAUUUUGAAUCUUCUUCCUUACUGUAAAAAUUACAAACGUGGGUAGUAGAGAUAGAAGAUGGUAAGAAAUGAACGAAUCGCGUGCUAAUGCAAACGAAUCUAAUCGAACAUUAUUCGCGACAACCGUGUAAUCCUCGGUAUUGUCAACGUAUUCAAGAUUUCAGUGACGAUAUAUCAUUUCACCUGGCGAUGAUGUAAAAACGUAGAGUGAGGCUGAAAGGGGGGUAAGAGUUCGGUGAACGGAACGGCCAAAAACUUUUGCAGGCGAUGUCAAACAUGCGGCGACGAAUUUCGCAGAAAAAUCUACCAAAUCGACAGCGUGUUUUGGCCAAGAUUUGUCAGUGAAACCAGUGCCAAUGAGUGUGAAUAUAUGGCGGCGCGAGUACUUUUACUGAGCAUCUUGUUUACAGAAGUGUUAAAGCCCGCUUGUGCCGCAGGUGUCAAAGAAUUUGAAACCAGUUUACAUAACAAAAACGUGUCUAAAUCAGAAAGCUUCAACACUAGUCCAACCAAAGGUUCUGGCAUUACACUGGAAAUUCAACCUAGUGGUCAUGUGAUAUUAGGGAAAAAAGGAAUUACACUUAGUUGUAUAGCUGGAUUAAAUCAAAAUAUUACUUGGUUACACAAUGGAGUACCAGCACCACCAUGUGGUAUCACACGUUGUAAUCUUCUUAGAAAUGGUUCUCUUCACUUACACAAGAUGGUGCAGAAAUUUAAAGAAAAAAAUAAUGCUACGGUUAACAUUAGAAAUUAUGGAAAAGAUGAAUACCGUUGUGUAGCACAUACUAGUUUAGGACUCUUAAGAUCAUCUCCUACAUUUAUUCAAAUAGCAGAACUUGCCCAGAUAUUUAAAGAAUUUCCAGAAAAUAUAACUGCACAAGAGGGUGAAGUAGCAAGAGUGUCUUGCUUAAUAGAUAGUGUUCCUUUUCCUCCUAAUAUCACAUGGCAACAUAAUGGAAAAACAUUGUUGCCCAAUCAGAGUAACUUAAAUACUAGAUAUAUUAUGGUACCACCAGGUGUUCUGUACAUAAAAGCAACGAAGUUAUCAGAUGCUGGUUCAUAUAGAUGUAUAGUAAAUAAUGAAUUCCUAAAGAAAACCAAAAAAAGCAAAGAAACAAGAUUAACUGUUAUUUCUCGACCAGAGGGUAAUGGAUCAGAUACACCGUCAUUGUUGUUUCCGCAAGUUUCGUAUAAUCAUUGGUUAAUAAAUGGGUCGAAUCUUAGUUUAGUAUGUGCUGCAUCUGGAUAUCCACUUCCAUUUAUUACAUGGGUGUUUAUUCCUCGCUAUCCUGAUAAUAAUAAUGUUACACAACCUCGCAUUUUACUUAAUUCUAGUAUUGGUAUUAGUGUAUUAUCAUUAACAAAUGUGAGCGUAUCAGAUGCAGGAGUUUAUGUAUGUUCUGCAAAAUAUUUCGUUACAAAUAAUUCAGAUGUGCAGAAUGUGACAGUGGAUGUAUUGAUACCACCUUCAUUUUUGAAAACACCUUCGAAUCAAGUAUGUCCAAAUGGAAGAACUGCAAGAUUUGAAUGUCAGGCACAAGGGUUACCUAUGCCUAAAAUAUAUUGGUUGAAAGAUUCGUUAAAUAUUACAGGGAAUGGGCGUAGAACUACGUAUGUAAAAGAGUAUAAUAAAAUGGAACUAGCAAUAUCAGCAACAGUUCCAUCGGAUUCUGGUAUCUAUCAAUGCGUUGCUGUUAAUUCAGCAGGAGAAAUAUGGGCCGCAGGUCGGCUUCAAGUAAAUACAACUCGUAAUAGUCCUGCUGCACCUACCUCUUUAAAAUGCCGUGCUCUGUCACCAGUUAAAAUUUUUAUUUCCUGGGAACCACCAAAGUUUCUACCACAUAGCAGUAUUAAAGCUUAUACCGUCCAUUACAGUCCCGUAGAAGGAGGUAAAGAAGAAGUUUCUCCGCCUGAGCCGGGUAAUUCUACGUCAGUAGAAGUAACAAAACUUCUCGAACCGUAUACAAAUUACUCCUUCUAUAUACGAGUGUGGAACAAUUAUGGUCCUAGCGAUCAGUCAGCCACCAUUUUGUGUUCUACAGCCCCAAGUGUUCCUAAAGGUACACCAAAAGUUCACGCGAAUGUAAUUAGUAGUACAAAAUUAAAUGUAUCAUGGGAACCACUGACUAAAAAAGAGUCUCGUGGUAUCGUGGUACAAUACAAAUUACAAUACAGACUGCAUCAACAGCCAUCUGCUCGAGUUUUUCAUUUUCCUGCUACUGUGGAAUCCCAUGAACUUACUGGUUUAACGCCUGGAGCGCAGUACGAUCUGCGAGUAUUAGCAAAAACAAAACAAGGAUGGCCUAACAUGAGCGAAUCACAGUUAGAAUGGAUUACUGUAACUAUGCCAUCAGCUGAAUCUAAUCAAUUUGUUUUCGAGAACAUUGUGGAUAUGCAAGUAUUAAUCAUAAAUGCAUCAGUUGUAAAAGUAAAAUGGAAAAUAAAUGUUAAAGAAAAUGAUAAAAUUGCAUCAGAAUUUGAUCUUUGGAAAAUUUAUUGUGAAAAUCAAAGUGGACAUAAAUUAGGAAAUAUUUUUUUACCAAAAAAUGUUACUGAAUACGUAUUUACUAAUCUUGAUGUAAAUGUUUCUUAUACGGUGGGUUUAUGUAUGAUGAAGUCUAAUGAAACAACAGGCUGUUUAACAAAACAAAUAGAAACUGUUCUGCCUGACACAAAUAACGUACCGAUAGCCUUGGAAGCUAUUCCUAUUUCACCAACUUCUAUAAAUGUGACAUGGUCAUUGAACGAUGAGUACGAAGUAAAUUCUUUUGAAUUAUGCUAUCAAGCAAUUCAUGCAAUAAAUUUAGAUGGUCUAAAAUGCGUAAUUACAAAUGAUACUAAGGCAAAUAUCGAUAAACUCAAACCGUUUACAUUAUAUCAGUUUAAAGUAAGAGCUAUUAAAAAUAACACAAACCAAAGCAGUUUUUAUAGUGAAUCCGUGGAAUGUUAUACAAACGAAGACAUUCCGGGAAAGGUAGAAGAAGUACAAUGGUUUUUAGUAAAUAAUACUGAAGUUCGAAUUGCAUGGAAGGAACCAAGCAACAUAAAUGGUAUUAUACAAAAUUAUUUUGUCACGUACACAAUGGAUUCAAUGGAUUCGGUUGCAACGUGGAGAAACGUGACGGUACCUGGUAAUAAAAUGUCGACGACUUUACCUGGUUUAGUUUCGGGAAAACGAUACUUUGUCGUGGUACAAGCAGCUACUAAAGCUGGUUACGGUAAACCAUCUGAUCCAAAAACUAUUUUAACCGGUGGCUCCGCACCGAUAAUACCUUAUUCACCGGAUAAACGAGAACCUCCACAAAACACGAAUCCUGAUCAAAGCCUUGGCGUAAUUUUUGGUGUUAGUAUUAGCAUUGGAUUUAUUACAAUCUGUUUAUGUAGUAUGUAUUGUCGAAAAAAAUAUCAAAAUGCCCGUCUUUCAAGAGAAAAUGCACAAUCUGCGAAAAAUCGUGUGUUAAUACGAAAUGGGAGUAGAUGUUGCGCGGAUCAAUCUUCUACAUCAGUGAAUCAACAGACGAACAGUAGAGUGUCACCAAAUGAAAUUGAACUUGCUGUCCUUUGUCCAUCAUCUCCCAUUACACCUAAUUCGCAUUUAGACACAAAGGGUGGUAAAUCAAAUGGAAUUCUUGAAUCUUGUGCAAAAGAACCUUUAUUACCAUCAUGGGAAAUAAAUGGUGAAACUAAGGAUAUUCAUGUAACGAAAAAUUCACAGUACAAAACGAAGGACACCGUUGUCUCGAGUAAACAAAAACAAGAGCAAGAGUCAGAACAAGAUCUAGAAGUUAUGCAGCUUACGAUGGUCAAUUGUACUUUAGGCAGUAGUAGUAGCAGUUUAAAUAAUAACUCUGGAUGUGCAGACGGAGAUACGUCUUUACCAAAAUCUAUGUGUAUAUCUGUUCCGGCGCUUGGACCAAAUGGAUGAAAGCAUUAGGCAAUAUGAUUACUUGUUCACGUUUAUUUGCUACGUGAAUGUGCAACAGGUAGAACGAAAGUUUUCAUACAACUUAAAUCACAAUUGCAAGGUAUGUAUACAUACGACUGUACAAAAAUGUGUAUACGCAUACACAUCAACACGAGCUAAAAGUAAGAAGAACAAAAGGGCGGAAGCAAGUUACUACAAUUUACAAGUUUAACAGAAUCUGACUUGUAAAUGAAAGUACUAAUGCGUACAUGUAUAUGAUUAAUGUAAAUAAUAGUGUUUUGAUAAUG